GGAAGCACCCGGGGAGGGCAGAGGGGCGCUCCCCGCCUCCGCCGGUCGUUAUCCCUUUUUCCCCGGUGCUUUUUAUCUUCCCCCUCCCGCCGUUAUGUUCCUCACGCGCUCCGAGUACGACCGGGGUGUCAACACUUUCUCUCCGGAGGGGAGGCUGUUCCAAGUGGAGUAUGCCAUUGAGGCCAUCAAGCUCGGUUCCACCGCCAUCGGGAUCCAGACCUCGGAGGGCGUCUGCUUGGCCGUGGAGAAGAGGAUCACCUCCCCCCUCAUGGAGCCCAGCAGCAUUGAGAAGAUCGUGGAGAUCGACUCCCACAUCGGGUGCGCCAUGAGCGGCUUAAUAGCCGAUGCGAAGACUUUAAUCGAUAAAGCAAGAGUGGAGACUCAGAAUCACUGGUUCACCUACAACGAGACCAUGACGGUGGAGAGCGUGACACAAGCCGUCUCCAACCUGGCGCUGCAGUUUGGGGAGGAGGACGCCGACCCCGGGGCCAUGUCCCGUCCCUUCGGUGUGGCGCUGCUUUUUGGAGGAGUUGAUGAGAAGGGACCUCAGCUGUUUCACAUGGACCCCUCGGGGACCUUCGUCCAGUGCGAUGCCAGAGCCAUCGGCUCCGCGUCGGAAGGUGCCCAGAGCUCUCUGCAGGAGGUUUACCAUAAGUCAAUGACACUGAAAGAAGCCAUCAAAUCUUCCCUGGUCAUCCUGAAACAAGUGAUGGAGGAGAAGCUGAACGCGACCAACAUCGAGCUCGCCACCGUGGAGCCCGGCAUGAAAUUCCACAUGUACACGAAAGAGGAGCUGGAAGAAGUCAUCAAGGAUAUUUAAAAAGGAGAGAGACUCCCUCAAAAGCUCGAUUUUUUUCCCCCCUCUGAUCAAACCAAAUCCUCCCCAUUUUAAUUUCCAGCAGCACCUGUACAUUCUUCUUCGAAGAAUUCUUCUUCGAAGGCGCCGGAGGUUGUGGUUUUUUUUGGGUGGGUUUGGUGGUUUUUUUUUACAGUUUCUGUACAUAACCGAUCUCUGCCAUGAGAGGAAAUGAGAAUAAAUCAUUUUGUUACUCUG